CUUUUAGAAAAAAACUCACUUUCCCUUUUGCUUUUAUGGCGCUCCGCAGCCUCGAAGGAACUUCUGCAGCGUGUUCUGGUCGAUAAUUAAAACGUCUUUAACUCUAACGAAGACAUUAAGACGAAUUUUAAGUCAGAGACAGACGGAUGAAGCUGAUUACCGAUGAUUAUUAGUCGAAGAAAAGCAGCAAAAUCAAAACUGCUCGUUUGCAGAUAAAGAAACAUCAUGGCGACGGCAGCAGCUGACACCGACGCUCCCAUGAGGCGCAGACACAGUAAUCCAUUUCUACCACCUAAUAUGUCUGAGCUGAGGGUGGUUCUUCUGGGGAACAGAAGUUUUUUAAGGAGCUCAGUGGGGAACAAAAUUGUAGGAGAAAACUGCCUCGAUGUUGAUGGAGAACCAAACUGCUGUCAGAGAGUUGGCACAACCACUGACAACCAAAAAAUCGUUCUGAUCAACACUCCUGAUCUUCAACAUCCAAACUUGUAUGGAGAAAAACAGGCUGAGUUUGUAAAAGACUUACUAAGCUACUGUGAUGCUGAACCUCAUCUAUUCCUACUGGUUCUACAACCUGAGUAUUUCACUAAGGAACAAAAGGAGAGGCUCCAGUUCAUCCUGCAGUUGUUUGAUUCUCCGUACAAGCACACUCUGACACUGAUUUCAACAUCCAAAGAAGAAAGCUCAGAUGUCAGAGAGAAAUAUCUUCAGGAUCCACUGUUAGGAGACUUUCUCUCUGAAUCUAAAUACGACUUUAUUCAGAAUAUUGAACUUCAACGUUCCAAGUUGUGGACAAUGAUUGACCAGGUUCUGGAGAAGAAUAAUGCAGAGUAUGCAGGUUUUCACAAAAAUAUAGAGUCACAUCUGGAGUUACCCAGUUGUCAUGGAAAUCUGAAGCAGGACAAAGAAAGCAGAAGCCUAUCAGGUGUUACAAGACUUGUUGGAAUGGCAGUUUUCAAUUAUGCAACAGAAUGGUGGCAAUCAAGAUCUGGUAAUCAAUCAGUGGAAAAAGCAGCCGCCCAGUUUUCUAUCAGGAUUGUUCUGCUGGGAAUGAGUGAAAACAAGAGAUCAAAACUGUCCAACUUUAUUAUUGGAAAUGAAGCUUUUCAUUCACAACCAUCAAGCAAACAAUGUGUGACAGCAUCUAGAGAAUGGAGAGGAAAAUCAGUUUUAGUUGUUAAAACUCCAGACCUGUUUGAGAUGAAUGAGCAGAUGGUGAGAGAAGAGAUGAACCGAUGCUGGAGUAUGAGCCUCCCUGGACCAAAUGUUCUGCUGCUGAUAGUGAAACCAUCGGACUUCACACAAGGAGAUGCAGAAAAACUGACCUUCAUCCUGAGUUGUUUUGGUCAGAAUAGUUUCAAACACUCCAUUAUUGUCCUCACACACAAAGAGAAGCAAAGCAAUGUUCUAAAUCAGCUGGUACAGAAGUGUGGAGGAAGACAGUACAACAUGUUGGAGAAAAACCAUGGAUUAUUGAUGGGGAUGAUUGCAAAGAUGACGACUGAAAACAGUGAAUCCUUCCUCACCUUCACUGAAGAGCCCAGAGGACCACAGUGUGAACAGAUCAAACCAGCUUUAAACCUGGUUCUGUGUGGUAGGAAAGGAGCAGGGAAGACUUCAGCAGCCAAGAGCAUUCUAGGUCUGUCAGAGCUCCAGUCAGUCAGCUCACAUCAGAGUGUCAGAAACCAGGCAGAGGUUUGUGGACGUUUGGUUUCUGUUGUGGAGCUGCCAGCCUUGUUUGAAAAACAUCCGAAGGAAGUGAUGCAGGAAUCCUUCAGGAGUGUCGCACUCUGUGACCCUGAGGGCGUCCACGCCUUCAUCCUGGUUCUUCCUGUGAAUCCACUCACUGAUGAAGACAAGGGAGAACUGCUGAUCAUCCAGAAGACAUUUGGCUCUCAGGUCAAAGACUUCACCAGGAUCCUCCUGUUCACUGUGGAUGUAGAUCCCAAAGAUCCAAAUGUUGUUAACUUUGUAGAACAAGAUAAAGACAUCCAGAAAUUAUGUCAGAGCUGUGGAGGAAGAUACAACAUUAUCAACAUCAAGAACAAACAGCAGAUCUCAGAGCUGCUGGAGAACAUUCAAGUGGAACAUAAUUACUCUGCAGAAACAUUUGUACAGGCACAGAUGGAAAAAGUCAUUGAACUAGAGGAGGAAGUGAGGCACCUAACCAGACAGGAUGCAUGUGAUGAACAGCAGCAAAGUCCAGAGAGUCUCAGGAUUGUUCUGAUCGGGAAGACUGGCAGCGGAAAGAGUUCUUCAGGAAACACCAUCCUGGGAAGAAAAGUGUUUGAAGCUAAAUUAAGUCCAACCUCAGUCACCAGACUUUGUCAGAAAGUUCAGGGUGAAGUGGACGGUCGUCCAGUUUUUGUGGUCGAUACUCCUGGUCUGUUUGACACUGCUGUUUGUCAUAAAGAUGUUUAUGAAGAGAUGGUGAAGUGCAUCAGUCUGCUGGCUCCAGGACCUCAUGUCUUCCUGCUGGUGAUCCAGAUCGGACGAUUUACAGAGGAAGAAAUGAAGACUCUGGCACUUAUUAAAGAAAGUUUUGGAGAAAAAUCUGAGCAGUUCACUAUCAUUCUCUUCACAAGAGGAGAUGAUCUGCAACGUAAUGAUCAAAGCAUUGAAGAUUAUAUUGAACAGGACACAAAGUCAUUGAAGAAACUGAUCAGAGACUGUGGAGACAGAUAUCAUGUGUUCAAUAACUGUGAUAAAACAGAUCAGCAGCAGGUGAGUGAGCUGAUGACAAAGAUCGACACAAUGGUAAAGAAAAAUGGAGGCGGCUACUUCAGUAAUAAGAUGCUGGAAGAGGCUGAAGCAGCAAUUCAGAAAGAAACCGAUAGAAUCCUGAAGGAAAAAGAAGAAGAAAUCAGGAAAGAAAAGCAGGAGCUUACAAGAAAACACGAAGAAGAAAUGCAAGAAAUGAAAAGAAAAAUGGAGGAAGAGAUGGAAAAACUGCAACUGAAAAGUGAACUGAAACUUAAAGAGAUGAAUGAAAAUAUUAGGAAAGAGCAAGAACAACAACAGAAAGAACAAGAUAAAAGAGAGAAAAAGAACAAAGAAAGACAGGAGGAUGAAGAACGUAAAAGAGAGGCUUUAAAGAAGCAAAUAAAAAAGUUGGACAAAGAAAUUCAGUCAGCUAAACAAGAAAAUAAAACAGAACUGGAAAAGGAGAGAAAGGAAAAGCAAAUGAAUCAAGAAGCCUGGGAGAAAGAGCGCAAAGAAUGGUGGGAAAAACGGAAACAAGAGGAAGAAAGGAGAGAACAGGAUGAGCAAAAACGACUGAAGGAACUUCAGGAACAGUUAGAGAGGGAAAGAGAAAAGUAUGAACAAAAAACCAUGGAAGAGAAUCUGAUCAGAAAAGAACUAGAAGAAAAAGAAAUGAAAUAUAAGGAAAAACUGGAGAACCUCCAGAAGAAGUUUCAAGAAGAAGCCAGAAAAAGAGCUGAACAGAAGAAUGAGUUCUUGACAAAAUAUGAAGCUCAGGAGGAAACAUACAAGAGUCAACUGAAGGACAAAGAUGAUAAGUAUGACUUAUUAAAGGCACUGAAAGAAACCACAGAAAGACAAAUAAGGGAAAAAUGGCAAGAAGAAAUCAAUAGGUUAGUGAGUUGUGUGUCUAAAAAGGAAGAAAAUCAGAUGAAAGUAAACGAUCUGCUGAAAAAACAGGAAGAAGAAAUGAACAAAGCUACAACUCAAGAAAAAGAAAACCUACAGACACAACAUGAAGAGGAAUUAAGUGACAUGAUGCAAAAAAUUCUCACUGAAGCUGAAACAAAAAAUUUCUUUAUGAACCUAAUCACUGAUAUAAGUGAUCGGAUAAAAAAUCUUUUCUUUUAAAGGGGCCGUACGAUGAUUUUCUUAAGCCUUUCAGAGUGAACUAUAUCCAUAUAUAUGAUCAUACAUUACCUUUGAAACACUAUUAAAACAUUUAUGAAAUAUUAGUUAUAUUUUGAGUUUUUUCCUACCCAGAAGUAAAACAGCUCGAUUCCUGAAGCUCCGCCUGCCACUGCGUGUGGGUGGAGUCCCCUCCAUGACAUCAUCCCAGACAAAAUACGUGUGUCUGUAUUUCUCCCACGAAAAUAAUACAAACUUCUUCAAAAAUGGAUGCACAUACCAUAUAUCUGUCUUUAGUAGCCCUGGCCAUCGCUACACUGGUUCACAGCACACACACAGCUUCUUCACCACUGUGUGACCGUGGGUUGGGAGGUGGGAGCAGGGGUCUAAAGGAACGACACGUUUAAAAGUAAAAAACACCUAUUUGAGCUGGAAUUUAUUGAAGACAGGAGACAACUGGAAUACAUAAGGUAUUAUGCAUCUAAAAUGAACUUUUUUUUUUUUUUUUUUUUGCUGAUUACCACUAGCUGUGGAGAAAUCAAAGGCUGUGUUAGUCUGGGGGCGGAGCUUGCAACACAGACUCUUCCUGGAGGGAGCUGUUGGCAUUGAUCUUACGUUAGCACGUUUCCAACCACUCGUUUUUGUGGGUAUGGGAGGGGCUGCUGCAGACUGCAGGUUUUUAGAGGAUUAUUCUUAAAUGCAUGAAUGGAUCAAAAUGCCACUUUGAGGUUCUUUAUAGUGAGGAGUAAACAGUAUAAUGCAUUUAAAACCUCAAAAAGUAGAAUUUUCAUGGUAGGGCCCCUUUAAGUAGAAAUAAGUCAUCUGGGACAAAACUGUCAAAAUAAGGUGAAAAAAAUCUUCUUAUCAUAUUUUAUGAAAUAAAAGCCUGUUAUUUCUGUAUUUUCUAUAGACAUUUUUUUUUUACAAAAAAAUGAACUUCCCGACUAAAACAGAUGAGAGACACUGAAUGAAGCUUCAACUUUCAUGAAGAUCAUUAAUGAUUAUGAUCAGCAGAUUGGUAAUAUCAACUCAUAAACUGCAACAGAGUAACUCACAGCUGUUUUAUGGAAAAAGUAAGAAGAUUUCUGCUCUCAAUGAAAAGAAACACAAAAGUAAAACUAAAUAGACAAAAAGUUUGUUCAAAAGCAUCAAGUUUAAACUCUGAAAUAACAUAAGAACAUCCAGCUAUGAGAAAAUGCUUUCCUUUAAAUACUUUAAAAAUAGAAAAUGUUGAAUAUUCCAGAUGUUUUAAGACAUGUUUGAAUUAUUUUAAUAUUUACCUAUACUUUUUACAAAACAUUUUACAACUUUUAUAACAUUUUUUUGGUUGCUCAUAGAUUUCUUUUGUGACUCUGAAAGUACUCAGAUGUAUUUGUGUCAGAAUGGUUUUGAAAUCUUUUGCUUUUUUAAUGUGUUUGAGAAUGUUCUGUUUCUGCUUUUGAUUAAUUUGGUUUUAGUCAGUUGGCUUCCUAAACUUUAUGAACAUAUUUUCUCCAGAAUCAUAACUACAGUAUAUACCUCCUCAGUGAAAAAAAAAAAACAAAAACAUUUGAAAAGUGUUUUAUUUUUAGUUUUAAAAUUGAAGCAAAUCAAAAUAUUAAGCAGCUUUUUAGCAUAAAUGUAUCCAACAUAUAAAAGUUGAAAGAGGUGCAACUUCUUGUUUGUGUUUUUAUGUAUUUCUUUCGUCAAUUUAUUAUUUUCUUUAUUUUGAUAAUGAACUAACUACUAAUUCAAAGUUCAAUAAAAGUUAUAUUUCAGUUUUUAUUCAUUCUGAUAAUGUGCAUUUCUGUAAACACAGGUUUGUUGUUUUUGAUCUAUUAAACUGCAAGACGUUAUGUAAUCCUUUUCUUUUUGGUGUGGAAAAAUUCACUAAAAAGAUCAAUGAAACUGUUUUAAGUUGUUUUUGUCAUGAAAUCAGACAGUAAAGACCUCUGUGUAGAAACUAUUUACCAGUAUUCUCACUUAAAAAAGUGUUUCAAAUAUUGGGAAACAAAAAACAUAAUUAAGAUGAAAAGAAACGACCAACAAGCUGUGCUUGGUGUGCUGUGCACAUAGGACC